GAUUUGUCGACAUCUUAUUUUGAAAAACAUGUUUUUUCACGUCGUUAUUUCCGCUAACUUUGCAAAACCGGAUGUUGUGUCACGUGAAUCCUUCCGCUAACUUUAUCAAAACCCUCGCGUGCUCCUGAUCAAAUGCAUGUACCGUGAACAUCAGUCUAUAGGGGCACAGAAAUUAUUUGUCGGCUGAGUUGACCACGGAGAUCCGAGUGUCGGCUGAGUUGACCGCAUUUCGGCGGGACAGGGACGCCGCUCGGUGCGUGAGGAUCCCCUCGUGGACCUCUGCACUCUGCCGGCCCUCGCCGGGCGCAUUUGCUCCAUUGCGAUGCGCCGCGAUUGAAACGUCUCUGAUAGUUCUCGCAGAUUUUAUGUCAUCGUGAUCGGCCAAGUUUGAUCGGCCGUUUUGAGAACGCCGAUCAAAACCGAUAAGGGGAAUAUCGGCCGAUAUGGAUCGGCGCCGAUCAGAUCGGAGCAUCCCUAAUAAUUUCAUAUCAAAAAGCAGAAACAUCCGAGCCCAGGAGCGCUGUGUGUCCGCAGCCGCUGAGCGGCUCUGGUGCAUCCUCUUCGUAUCCUCUUCACCUCCUCCCAGCGAGAAGACUCCUCUCCACGGACCCGCCCACAUUUUUGUGUGUGUGCGCGCCUCGGAUGACAUCACUGCUUUAAAUAUUCCCGUUGCUUCUUCCAGCCGUCCUUAUCACUCCUCCGCCAGCAUAAAGAGCCUCGCGGGCCAACCGUUAAAGAGACGUUGGAGCAGUUGUUACCAGAAGACGCCGCCGCCUCCUCGUCCGCUUUUCAUUAAUUAGACUUUAGUAAGUUCCUCCGACUCCGGGUCCUCCUCCUCGGGGAGAAAAGAAGCGCCGACUGGGCUUCAGUGCUGGUGGGGGGAGAAGAAGAAGAAGAAGAAGCAGCAGCGAGCUGGAGAAGAGGACCGAGCAACGUCGGGCGUGGUAGCAAGACAACAACAAAAACUCAUCUUUUGUUCGCUAAACUUCUUAAAGUAUCUCCCACCAUGUCGCUGUCGGUACCGCAGAACGGAGUGAAGGCGGAGGACGAGCCCGUUAUCGAGCUGUUCGUGAAGGCGGGAAGUGAUGGGGAGAGCAUCGGGAACUGCCCCUUCUCCCAGAGACUCUUCAUGAUCCUGUGGCUCAAAGGAGUCGUCUUCAACGUCACCACGGUGGACCUCAAGAGGAAGCCGGCAGACCUCCAGAACCUGGCCCCGGGCACGCACCCCCCCUUCGUCACCUUCAACGGCGAGGUCAAAACGGACGUCAACAAGAUCGAGGAGUUCCUUGAGGAUGUCCUCUGCCCACCCAAGUACAUCAAGCUCGGUGCGAGACACCCUGAGUCCAACACGACUGGUAUGGACAUCUUCGCCAAGUUUUCAGCCUUCAUCAAGAACUCAAAACCAGAUGGAAAUGAGGCUCUGGAACGCGGCCUCCUGAAGACGCUGCAGAAGCUGGAUGAGUAUCUCAGCUCGCCUCUGCCCGACGAGAUCGACCACAACAGCAUCGAGGACAUCAAGGUCUCCGACCGCAUGUUCCUGGACGGGAACGAGAUGACCCUGGCUGACUGCAACCUGCUGCCCAAGCUGCAUAUAGUCAAGGUGGUGGCCAAGAAGUACAGAGGCUUUGGCAUCCCCAAAGAGAUGACCGCCAUCUGGAAGUACCUGAACCACGCCUACACGCGCGAGGAGUUCACCAACACCUGCCCCAGUGACAAAGAGAUCGAGAUCGCCUACGGAGACGUCGCCAAGAGGCUCGUCAAAUAAGCUCCUCCAUCCCUCACCCCGUUAUCCCCCUCCCGCCCUCCUCUCUCUCUAUCCUCACCUUCCCCAGCACCAGGACUGAUGUGCUCUUUCACGAGAAAGAAAAAACUCUGGACCUCUUUUCCUUCUCCUCGUCUGCAGCGAACCCCCAGAUGCAUGAACCUUUCUGGCUAAUUUUUUUCCCUCCUUUUAAAAUGUUUAUUUUUAUUUUUACGAAGACCUCCCAUUUGGUUGGUUCAACAAAAAGGUCACCGUUGUUCCACUUUUUUAUUCAUCAUUAAUUGCUUUUUGCCCCCUGAUGAAUGUUGUGAGGCGGAGGAGGAGGAGGAGGAGAAGAAGAAGAAGAAGAAGCCGGAUGUGUAUCGGUGCUUAUCAAUGUUGGGAGCCUCGUCAAACUCUCUCCCUCACAAGUGACCUUCGAGCUUACCUUCGCUCUGCGUGCAGGGGGCAAAGUCACAAGGCGUUGUUGAUUUAGUGUUAUUGUUUCCCCUGUUGUCUGUUUUAAUAUUGAAUCGCUCUGUCCAGGGUUGCUUUAAAAACAAACGUGGAGCGUUGACCGUAUUAAGAGGCCUCGUCAGCAGUGUUGGCGCUUCAGUGUUUUCAGCUCGAGUACUUUGCGGGUCUAAGCAGAGGCUAAUCCGAGAGGCUAGAGAAGCUUUAUUUAAAUGUCGAGUCAGGACCUUUUGUAACCGCAGGUAGAGCUACCUGUUCUCCAAGCUCUGGUUUCCUCAUCGUCUCAAUGGGCAGACGUUUCGCAGCUCGGUCGGAUCGUAAGGGGAUCCGCCGUCACGACUUUGAUCUGAAAUGUUAUGUAACAGGAUGUAGCAAACACACAUUUGUGACUGUUGCGUAGAUUGUCUGUGGCCUUUCUGUCGGUCACCACGGCGACACAAUUGUCUGACUCUUUCUUCCCAUGUGAAGCCCGAAGGAAAGUCUUUUGACUGCAGCGGUCGUUUGCAUUACACAUGGCAGACCAAAAAGAGGCUCAUUAUACCGGCCUCGCUGUGGAUGGGAUGACUCCAGCUAUGUAAACGGGACACACGCACACACACGCACACACACACGCACACACGUCGUUUCCCCACUCUAUAGCAUACAGGAUGAAGGACCCCAUGUGUGCAGUCAGGCACCAGGCAAGGGGACACAUAUUUAUGAAGGCGUCCCCCCCUCCCCCUCCGGUGUGAAGACGUCUCUGUGAUUGUUGGACAACAGUAGCUCCAAAAGUGCUUUAGGGCGGACGAAGCAAAACCUGUUUUUGUUUUCUCCCGUUUGCCAUAUUUUUGUUAUGAAACAAAUUUAAUAAUAAAAUAAGGAACUGUAUAUAUUUGUUUUUGAUUGCUCUGGAUUGGAUGUGUAAAUUGUUUGCGUUGCAUCUGACUCGUGAGGCUCAUUUCUUGCCUACUUUGAUUUUAAUUCCAGAUAAACCAUCUCCUAUUCACCUUGUUUUGUAGGACGGUUUUUCAGAGAUCAUUUCAUUACAACAAUUGUGAUGUUGUACGAAAAUAUCGAAGCUAUAUUGUAGCUUUUUUUUCUUUUCUUUUUAACAAUAUUGACUGAAUUGAAAUAAACAUAUUGGCACUCUGA